AGAAAGUUGCAAUCGUUGCGAGUUGGAAAAGUGAUAGCUCACAGGCGGAACUUUUACCGUCGACCUGCGACGGAAAUAUGGACGUGUCGCUGAAAGUUUUGUGUGGAUUGCUCCUUGUUUUGCAACUUUACGGGACGCAUACAGAUGGACAGGUCAAGAAAGAGACACUGCUGUCUGACAAAGUCAGUCAGCUGAUGGAUUGGGCCAGCAGGCGACCAGUGAUCCGCAUGAAUGGUGACAAGUUUCGGCGCUUCGUCAAGGCUCUCCCACGCAACUAUUCAGUGGUGGUGAUGUUCACUGCCCUCCAGCCCCAGAGGCAGUGUGGAGUGUGCAGGCAGGCCGACGACGAAUACCAAAUCCUGGCCAACUCCUGGCGUUAUUCCAGUGCAUUCACCAACCGCAUCUUCUUCGUCACUGUGGAUUUCGAUGAAGGCUCGGAUGUCUUUCAGAUGCUGAACAUGAACUCCGCCCCCACGUUCAUCCACUUCCCGCCGAAGGGGAAGCCCAAGCGGGCCGACACCUACGAGCUGCAGAUCCGCGGUUUCGGGGCGGAGCAGAUCGCCCGCUGGAUAGCCGACCGGACCGACGUCCAUAUCCGCAUCAUCCGGCCACCGAACUACGCCGGGCCGCUCAUGUUGGGCUUCCUGCUGGCGGCCAUCGGGAGCCUGGUGUAUCUGCGCCGCAACAACAUGGACUUCCUGUUUAGCAGGACCACCUGGGGCUUUGCAGCACUGAGCGUGGUCCUGAUCAUGACCUCUGGGCAAAUGUGGAACCACAUCCGAGGACCUCCCUACGCCCACAAGAACCCCAGCACAGGGCAAGUGAACUACAUACACAGCAGCAGCCAGGCGCAGUUUGUGGCGGAAACCCACAUCGUCCUCCUCUUCAAUGCCGCCAUCACCCUGGGUGUGGUUCUCCUCCUCGAGGCUGCCACGUCUGAUAUGGACAUAGGCAAGAGAAAAAUUAUGUGUGUGGCCGGCAUCGCCCUCGUCGCCUUGUUCUUCAGCUGGCUGCUGUCCGUCUUCAGGAGCAAGUACUAUGGGUAUCCAUACAGUUUUCUGAUGAGCUGAAAAUCCAUCUUGGUGGAAGACGAAGGCGGGGGGGGGGGGGGCGGGAAACACUGGAAAAACAAUGUGCCUUCAUGCUCGGUGAUCAUAUGACCCAUUUGACCAUUAUCAUUCAUCUCCUGUCACGUGACUUUUGGCUCACGAUGUGAGAUGUGUCAGUCUAACUCUUAUAUGCUCCUUCAAAGACAUCAGCUGUGACAUUUGAGACACUUUAAUGGCAAAUUAAAUUUUUCAAAAAAACAUUCACACAUCCACAAAGUACGGAAACUUAGCGGGAUGAUCUACCUCGUACAGUUUCUCUCUUGUCCUUGAAGUUUUCUUUUAAUGUCCCCCAUUUUCAGUUUUCAGCACCUCCCCUUUCUGUUUUUUUUUUUACCUUCUAUUUCCAGAAUGUUUCCAGUCAGGAAACUGAUUUUUUUAUUAUCAUCAUAAUUAUAUCCUGUUUGGAUUCAGGUAUUUUAAUCAUUCAGGUAAUUAAAUUCAACUGUAACUUCACUGGCUGAAAUAAAAAGAAAAUCUGGGUUGAUUAUUGCUGGCUUAGGCACCUGUGAAUUUGGAAACACGAGGAAAAAAUGAUGCAACCUUUGUUCCCCCAGUAUCUAGAUAAAGUUUAUCACAUGCUUAAUAUUCAGGGAUGCACUAAACUGGUAAGCAAGUACACGUUCACCUUUAAGCGCUAGACAGGCUGCAACUGAUUGCUGAAACAAUGCAAAUGCGUAUUUGAUGUGCGUUUACAGUGCUUUGACAAGAAAUUACUGUGCAUUUUAACAUCUAUAUCCUAAUUCGUACUUCAUUUGUGGUCUAAAAGUUAAAAUACAUGAUAAAUUCUUGUCAUUGCAGUGCAAAUGCACAUACAAUGUAGUACACAUUCGCGGUGUUAUAACAAUUAUUCUUAAAGGUGAGUGUGUACUUGCAUGCCAGGUGUAUGCAUCCCUGUUUAUAAAAAAAAUUCAGUGUGGUUUGGUCUGGCUUGUUGGGGGGGGGGGGGUAGUUAUCCUUCUGUAUUGUAUGGUUAUUUAUCGGGGGCGUUUCAUCUGGGUGGAGCUGUCAAUAAUACCAUGUUUGGCAGUGCAGAUUUUCCUAUUAAAAGUGCCUUAAAGUG